AUGAUGCCUCAUUCUAGGUGUACGAGGGAAUUUUACAAUAGCAGAACAAGAAAAAUUCAAACCGAAGAGCAACUAGUGUACUUAUUCAAGUAUGAGAGAGGUCAGUUGUUCAUCUUGGAAAACAGUUUUAAAUUUCUCUACUUUGACAAGCAAUCAAUUAGGUUUUAUUCAUCGGUCGAUCGUGAAGAGGUGAUAACGUGGAGAGAACUGAAAAGUUUGUUUGUGAAAGGCGCCGUUAAAUUACAAGUCGGAAAAGUGAGUAAAUGGUUUAUAUUUUCGUAUCUUUUCAACAUCACUACGUAUUUUGCCACAUUCUUGUUUAUAUGGACACCAAUGCUGUUCGCAUACGACGAUUACAAUCGCGAUUUGAAGAUUGCAAUUAUUUGGGUACCAACACUACUCGCUUUUGCAUUUGCAUUUCAUUUGGUGAUGCGUAACAGUGGAACUGAACCUUGGGAAGCAUCAGAUGCUCUUAUGCCAAACGCUACUGUAGCUCGACAGUUCCUCGCCAUUUUGCAAGCAAUAACCAAGACGUCUACAAUGAUGAUAGGCGAAAUAGACGCUGACAAUGUACUUGAACGAAAAGAAUGGAUUCCGAAUCUAUUGCUAUUGGUCUUUGAAAUCACUACUGUAAUUCUAUUGAUGAACUUAAUGGUAGCGUUUACAAUAGAAAUGUUACAAUUAUCGGAAAAGUGCCAGUGCCGGUGCACGCAACAAAUUAAAUCUCUCCAUCAACACGCAACAAACAAUGUGCUCGUUAUCGACAAUGAUGGACAAGCUUUCACCGCUCACAAGAAUUUCGAUUUCACUGAGAAUAAUGCAGGUAUAAACUCUGACGAGGGCGCUGGAUAUGCGAAAAAAGAUACUGACGCUUUUGAGCUGCAAGCGAUAAAUAACGGAUCAGAGACUCUCGCUUCUGUCAGGUAUAGUAACUAUCCAGCACGCAAUACUGGAAAUUCAUCGCAUCAAUAUGCUGCGAACGUGUCAGCUGGAACUAAUCCUCCAUCAUCAUCAUCAGCUAAGAUUUAUCAUAUUCAAUUCCCGAAUAGCGAAAGAAGGAUGCGUAUUGAAAAGUACACGAUGUCAGGGCGAACAGUUCCAGUAACAGUCAGUGAAGCAUUCGUUCAGCUUAUUGAAAGCGUUCAGUCGGGUAUCGAAGCUUUUAAUGGCACGAUUGAAGGACGGAGAACAAAGGACGUUGGUGCAGAUCCAGAAAGAUUUAAUCGGAAAUUUGCUCGAUGGUUAAUAGGACUUGAUUGGUCCAAUCUUCUUGAUACAUAA